AUGGGAAGGCCGAAAGGAGAGAACGCCAGAAGCAAGUCACGCCCUUCCAGUAGUAGUCUCGCCGCCUCGCUCCUGUCUUCCGGCCCUGCCGCCGCCGCCGCCGUCGGAUUUGGUGGUUUUGUCGGUAGCUCGCGCCUCGAUCUUCCUUCUUCGUCCGAGGACUCUCUCCCCUUUGUCGAUGUUGAUAGUGAGAUUGCGGUUCACUUGAAGAGGCUAGGAAGGAAGGAUCCCACCACUAAGAAGCAAAAUCUAAUGAGUGAUAAUGGAACUGUGAUGAAAACCUUUUUCAACCGUCACUUCGAGAGUCUUAGAUCUUUCCCCACAUUUCCCCAAACAGCAAAGAUAGGUUGGCAUCUUAAGGCAUUGACAGCUUUAUCUGUUCUGCUUCAACAAAAUUCUGCAAAAGAAAUCAUUCUAAUAGUUCCCCAAUGGACUGAGAUAGACAUUGUUUGUACGGUUUUAUCAUUUUAUGGCCUGUGUUAUGAUGUGGGUUCCUUUGUGAAUGACAUCAUGACAAUAUUGGAGCAGGAAGCUGCAGCCAAGACAGCCUAG